CUUCAUCAUGUGAUAUAACUUUACCCCAAUCGGAGAGCCUGGUGAGCAGAUCCGCUGCUGAUGGUGAACUGCACAUGUCCCUCUGGCCAUCGACAAGCUCAAAAGCAGCAUUUGCACACUGAUGGUAUGCAACUGGGAAGGAGCUGUGUGUCUCUUUCGCAGCUUGGGAAACCCGGGAACGCAUGCAGGAAAGAGGGAGAUCUGGAGCUUGGAAAAGGAGGUCUGGUCUGCCUAAGAACGGCAAAACAGGCUCACACGCUGGGAAUAAUAGGAAAAUCAGGCGCCCGAUCCGAUCUUUCCUGCCUGGGUUCCUCAUUCGGGACCGAUGGCGCUAAGGGACAGUGCGACUUUGCGUAGGGGGGACAGAGACACUAUGCUGUAAUCGAUUUCUGCUUGGAGGUACCUGUAACUGCAAUAAGGAAAAUGCCUGUGCGAAACCGAUACAACUUGGUGGAUGAUAUUGGGGACUCACGGGUUCCGCUUCACAACGAAGAGGCAUACCAACAUGGGAUUAAUUUUCAAGCUAAGCACAGACUGGCAUCACUAUACACUGCAAGCAGUGGCAAGAAAAAUAAGUCAUGGUUGGAAAACAAGAGACAGCGUUUUAAAACAAUGAGUUUCUCGAAGGAGUAACUUGCCGAACAAUUACGAAGUUAUGUGGGCAGCUUGGAUGUCCCUAGACCCAACAGUCGCAUGGAGAUCGUCUCGGCCAUGAGGCGUAUCAGGUAUGAAUUUAAAGCAAAGAACAUCAAGAAGAAGAAAGUGAGUCUCGUCGUGUCUGUGGAUGGAGUGCGGGUGGUCCUGAGGAAGAAGCAGAAGAGGAAAGAAUGGACCUGGGAUGAGAGCAAGAUGCUGGUGAUGCAUGACCCUAUAUACAGGAUAUUUUACGUAUCUCACGAUUCUCAAGACCUUAAGAUCUUCAGCUACAUUGCCCGGGACGGAGCCAGCAAUUCAUUCAGGUGUAACGUGUUCAAGUCCAAGAAAAAGACCCAGGCCAUGCGCAUCGUGCGGACGGUGGGUCAGGCCUUUGAGGUUUGCCACAAGCUCAGCCUGCAGCACGCACAGCAGGCCACCGGUGGGCAGGCGGAUGGCGCCAGCGACAAGUCGGCGGAGGACACUCUGCGGGAUGACUGUCAGCUGACUGGGGCAGAGCCGGACAAAGCAGCCAGCAAAGGGGAGGAAUCCCAGACAGGGGCGCUGUGUGAGCAGGCCGUCAGUGAGAUCCUCCAGAGCCUCGCAGAACUCAACGUCGUAAAAUCCAGCUAUUUCCUUCCUGACAAAAACUUCCAGGAUUUUGAGAAGGGCUCGUCCUGCAUGGUCUCCCCCAGCAGCCCCACAGUUACCCCACUGGCUGCGCAGCACCACCUCCAGCUCCUGCAGCUCCAGCUGCAGCAGCAGCAAACGCAGACGCAGGUGGCUGUCGCACAGCUGCAGCUCCUGAAGGACCAGAUGUCUGCAGAGACGGCGGCCCGGAUCGAGGCCCAGGCCCGGGUACACCAGCUGCUGCUGCAGAACCGGGAGCUUCUGCAGCAUGUGGCACAGCUGGUUCAGCAGCUCAAAGAUCUGGAGGUCAAAGCUCAUCGAAGGAGCCCCAUCGAGCAGGAGUCCAUAUGGAAGUCUGUGUCGGUGCGGUCCUUCUCGCUCAACCUGAAGAACCACUUCAGCCUGAUGAAGGAUCAGCCUGUUACCUCGACCCCAGCUGAACAGCCUGGGGUGGCCGUCCCGCUAACGCUUGGCGCCGAGUCCUACGUCAACCUCCUCAACCUGGAGGCUCCCAAGGAGGGCAAAGGUCAGACCAACGGAGAAGGCGGAGGGAACGGCCGGAUUGCAGGCCUGUCUGACGUGCCGGAAAGCGAGAUCGACACCAAAACCGACCCUCAGAUCCUCAGGACAGUGGCUGAGAGAUUUCAGCAGUUUAUCCCGAAGUUGAAUCCCCCACCGGCCCCCAUCAGCCGCAAGCGAUCCCUCCGAACCCUCUCCCCAGUGAACAGGACAGCCCCAAAGGUGGGGGGCCCGGUCCCCUCCUGCAAGGCGCCGAGUUCGGUGGCCCUCAGCAACGGUACGUCCGUCCCGGAUGUCAGGGCAGGCUCCGUCUCCCCAUGUGACCUCCGCUCGCCUGUUAACGCAGAGAGCGGCUCGUGCUCCCCCAGCGAAGACCCGGGGGUGCAGUCCGAGGAGAGGUCUCAGCAGGAGGCUCCGUUCGCCAGCCUGCCACCCGGCCCCCUGUCCGUCUCGAGCAGCAGUCACAGUGACCUUGGCGGCGGAGCCAGGCCCCCGGAGGGCUCCGGCCACGGCGUGCCCUUCUGCUCCCCUGCCAACGAGACGUGCCUCCACAUCAGCCUCUCCGAGGACGAGCUGCUGGACGCUUCUGCUGAGGAGGACAGGCUGGAAGAUCCAGCAGCGAGAACACGGCGGGACGCAGAGUCGCCCUUACUGUGAUACACCCAGGAUGCUGGGACUGCAGGCACAUGUUGCAAGUGACCAGAGAUGAAAUGUCCCUUUUAAUUAACUUUCUAUUUACCCAGAAAGCACAGAGAGGUCAUAUUCCAUGGACGCAGUAAAAAUGUGCAAAGGAACAAAAUACCUCAGCUGAGCGUAUGCUCUGAUGACAUCACUUCCUGCUGGGUUAACUGGACCUUUUAUUCUCAUCAGUUUCUGGACAAGCUGAAUCAGAAUUUUCUAUAUCAUCGUUUUAGAACAAAGCACCAAGUACAUGUAGGUCAUCGCUAAGUAAGGAAAUAGUUUUAGAUCAAAAAUAAUUUCUCUGCAAUUAUUUGACAGGAGCCACCAAUAUUGACAAUAUUACAUCACAGCAUCAGCUGUGUAGCAAAGGAGCAUAUUCAUGCUCUCCUUAUAUUUGAAUGCCUUUAAUGUAAUUUCCCCUAUAGGAUAACUUGCUUCUAAGGAAAGGCAGAUGACAAUUGUAGGAGAUGAACAGAAAAUGGGCACUCUUAAAUAGUUUAAAAUGUUUUUUCCCCUGUUGAGGAAAACUUUUUGUGAAUGGCACCAAACUGUGUUUUUUCCUGUAAAUUACUGUAAAAUACCAUACAUGCCAGGGUUAGGAAGGUUAGCAUAGGCAGGGUACGAAGAGGGAGAGGGCAUGUCAGGAAGACUGCAGGAGUAAUAGACACAAAGUGUUAGCAGUUAGGAAGGAGAGUGAACUGAAAUGGAGAGACCAUGUGAUGGUACCUAAAGAUGUUUUAACAGGUGACUGUUGGUAAUCUGGCCAAGGGGCAUCGUACUGCCACUGGAGUCACAUCAUGCUUAUGUGGUUACAUGUGUGACUAUGUGGUCAUUCUUUUCAGCGGUACAGUGCUGGAUGUUGUCGCACACUUAUCCUAAAGGAAAGCCUCCUUGUCUUUGCACUGCAAGUGUGGGUUGGGUGAAGAUUUUGGACAGUCAGUCAUCUUCAUUAUUUCAAAACAUCCUGGUUAUUUAAUUUUCUUUAUUUUCCUCUCUGUUUUUCCUCUAGUUUUAGCGAGUAAAACAUUAAAGCAAAGGAAAAAAAUGUAGAGCUCAAAACAUUUUUUUUCCCUAAAAUAUCAAGAAAAAAUUGCAUUUGAAUCACCGAUUUAUUUGUCCCAGGCUGUGCUGAGACUGUAAUGCUGCUCAUAUGGAGGGAGGCGGGGCUGUAGGCUGCACACAGCCGGUCUGUGAUUUCCUGUGAGUGUCCCUGCUGCAUCCUCAUCCACUGCCAAGCGUGUCUCCUCAUGUAUCACUGGCAGGGAGAAGAGGAGCUCCAGCAGCAAUCUGAAUCACGCACGGCACUGAACCCAGCUUCCACUGCACUACAUAUGAGCGCCAGUGGCUGGCUUGGAAGCCUUGCUGUUUCUUGAAGGCUGAUGAUACACGGGGCAUCUUUUUGUGCAGUGUUACCGGGCAACUGUUGCUGACAAAUGUUGCUCGGACACUUUCCACUUGAUAUUGGGCAACAUUCUUCUACUUGAAAAAUUUUAAUCGGCUGAGGGCAACUUUUUGCGAUCAUCCAGAUGCAGAUAAGUUGCCCUUUGUCACACCUGGUUGUCAGUUGCCUGGCAACACUGCUCAAACAGUUUCCCUGUGUAUGAACACCACAAGGAUUCUGACAAUGCCAUAACAGAAGCAGAGUGGGGAGUCGAUGAGUAACAGUGAGGAGAGGGGUAGAGGGAGCACACCCCCUAAAAUGUGGUGAAAAUGGCCUGGCAUUGCUGUGCUUUUCGGUAAGACAGACAUCCUGGUUUGUUCCCAACCUGAAGUCCUUGUUGGCAAGAAAACAUAAUAGCAUAUUAGAGAGGUCUACUGACAAGUGUGGAUAAUUUUUGACGUCUUUAACUGUCCAUUUAACUGAGAUAUGAACAAUAAAUAUUUUAAUAGGAACCUGAACCACUAAGAGUUAAAGCAUCUUUUUAGGUAGUAAAAGUUAUACCCUGGAGAUAAGGAGUCAUCUUUCAAGUCACAUCCAAUCAAUGGGAGAAGUUACACUCAGGAAAAGAUUGUCACGGUGCCUUAGUAAAUAUUUAGGGAAGAUAUUGGAAGUGGAAGCAAUUUUAUUAAAUUUAUAACAACUGUGACUUAGAGAGUAUUAAAUCAGCCCAGUGUCAAUUUGCUGUGAUGUUAAAAAAUGACAGUGAGAUAACCCCAGUGCCUUUGAUGUAGGCCUGCUUGGGGCUCAUGUCUUGCAUUUAAAAGCUGAGCACACUGAAGCUUUCUGCCAAAUGAUUCACAACUGGCUCCAAGACGGCCCUCAAAGAUGGGCUGGUCCGUCUAUCUCUCAUAAGUUCUAUGUAAAGGAUAUACAUUAUAUCAUAGGGCAGAUUUUCAUCAUUUACCAGAAUUAGUAAAUUUACAUUUACGUAUUGAGCACACUCUUGUGUCGACACACAAGGCAAAUUAAGAGGAGCACUGAGAUAAGAAGGAAAAUGUAAAAGCAGAAAGAAUAUCCCUUCUAAUGGAGUCGUCUUCACAUUGGUUGUAAAAUUUCUCAAUAAGCACUCUCAGUGUUGUGUAUGAUCAAUCGACGAGUAGUUCACCUGCCUUUAAAGUAUAGUACAUGUCUUGGUAGAAGACACAUUAAAACUAAACUCUUGAUAAUUUCCAUUAUAGAAUUUUUGGCCUCCUCUUCACUAAGAAAUAUUUUAAAUAUCGAAAAGCACAGAGAAACCCAAAACAUACAACUCUUAACAUCACUCUGCACUCUGCAAGACCACCCCAUGUCAGUGUGUAAAUGGCAGCAGAGGUUUUUGGUUAGGUGUCAGUGAAAUGUAGUUUCGGGUAAUUCUAAAGAGACCCAGUUUUCCUACCUGCGAUUUUGGCCUGCGGG